CAUCUUCGGCAAGUUCCGCCGGCGCCGGUCGGAAAUGGCCGCCGGCCGGCAGGGGGAGUGGAGGAUCCGGCGCGGCCUGGGAGGCGCGCAGCCGGCGGCCAGAGCGGCUUGUGGGAAGCGGACUUUCACGCAGGCAACGGCGGUGGCUCGUCCCUGACUGGAAGCCGACCAGGAGAACAAGCUCUGGUGUCCAUUAGUUCAAGAAAUCCUGUGUUGAAGCAUAAUGUUGCUACAUAAGCCAGAGAAAGGAAGAGCACAGCCAGGCCUGAUUGUUGGUAGUGACAUGGAGGAUGGGGCUGGCAUUUCAGACUGCCAGCUGUUUUUACCAGCCGCUGCAUCACUUGAAUAGAAGCUAUGCAUAUUGGCUGGCCGACAAAGCCAAGGGACAAAAGCUAUGGCUGUUAAAAUGGUCCCUCUGAGUCCAGGGCUCUUUCCCUGGCUGUUAGCACCAUGGAUCUCUUCCUUUUCAUCCCAUCAGCAAUGUGGUACCUUCUUCUACUUGAUGACGACAGCUGAUACUUCAGAUUUGCCUGACUAGGGUUAGAAACCUGAAUCGCGGUGAGGAAGAUGAAAUUUCCAUUUUACUUGGUGCCUUGUGCAGGGAGCACACUGAUCUUUCCAGAAACUUGCGUGUGAAAAGAGGUUGCGUUUUGUCAGACAGACUCAUGGUUAUGGCGAGCGAUCCGACGUGAUCAGAGUGGGCAAGAGGCACAGUGAACUCAUGACAGGCUAUACCAUGUUGCGGAAUGGGGGAGUGGGGAACGGUGGUCAGACCUGUAUGCUGCGCUGGUCCAACCGCAUCCGGCUGACAUGGCUGAGUUUCACGCUGUUCAUCAUCCUCGUCUUCUUCCCCCUCAUUGCUCACUAUUACCUCACCACUCUGGACGAGGCAGACGAGGCCGGCAAGCGUAUCUUCGGCCCUCGGGCGGGCAGUGAGCUCUGUGAGGUAAAGCACGUUCUCGAUCUCUGUCGGAUUCGUGAGUCUGUGAGCGAAGAGCUUCUACAACUCGAAGCCAAGCGGCAGGAACUGAACAGCGAGAUUGCCAAGCUGAACCUCAAGAUUGAAGCCUGUAAGAAGAGCAUAGAGAAUGCCAAGCAGGACCUGCUGCAGCUCAAGAAUGUCAUUAGCCAGACAGAGCACUCCUACAAGGAGCUGAUGGCCCAGAACCAGCCCAAACUGUCCCUGCCCAUCCGACUGCUCCCUGAGAAGGACGACGCCGGCCUUCCACCCCCCAAGGUCACUCGGGGUUGCCGCCUUCACAACUGCUUUGAUUACUCUCGUUGUCCUCUGACGUCUGGCUUUCCCGUCUACGUCUAUGACAGUGACCAGUUUGCCUUUGGGAGCUACCUGGACCCUUUGGUCAAGCAGGCUUUUCAGGCUACAGUGAGAGCCAACGUUUAUGUUACCGAAAAUGCGGCCAUCGCCUGCCUGUAUGUGGUGUUAGUGGGGGAAAUGCAAGAGCCCACUGUGCUGCGGCCUGCCGACCUUGAAAAGCAGCUGUUUUCUCUGCCACACUGGAGGACAGAUGGACACAACCACAUCAUUAUCAACCUGUCCCGGAAGUCAGACACACAGAAUCUACUGUACAACGUCAGUACAGGCCGGGCCAUGGUGGCCCAGUCCACCUUCUAUGCUGCCCAGUACAGAGCUGGCUUUGACUUGGUCGUGUCACCCCUUGUCCAUGCUAUGUCUGAACCCAACUUCAUGGAAAUCCCACCGCAGGUGCCAGUUAAGCGGAAAUAUCUCUUCACUUUCCAGGGUGAGAAGAUCGAGUCUCUGAGAUCUAGCCUUCAGGAGGCCCGUUCCUUCGAGGAAGAGAUGGAGGGCGACCCUCCGGCUGACUAUGACGAUCGCAUCAUUGCCACCCUAAAGGCCGUACAGGACAGCAAGCUGGAUCAGGUGCUGGUAGAAUUCACUUGCAAAAACCAGCCGAAGCCCAGCCUGCCAACCGAGUGGGCACUGUGUGGGGAGCGGGAAGACCGCCUGGAGUUACUGAAGCUUUCCACCUUUGCCCUCAUCAUCACUCCCGGGGACCCGCGCCUGCUCAUUUCAUCUGGGUGUGCCACUCGGCUCUUCGAGGCCCUGGAGGUGGGGGCUGUGCCGGUGGUGCUCGGGGAGCAGGUGCAGCUCCCGUACCACGACAUGCUGCAGUGGAACGAGGCCGCCCUGGUAGUGCCCAAGCCUCGUGUCACAGAGGUCCACUUCCUGUUACGAAGUCUUUCAGACAGUGAUCUGUUGGCCAUGAGACGGCAAGGCCGCUUUCUCUGGGAGACCUACUUCUCCACCGCAGACAGUAUUUUUAAUACCGUGCUGGCCAUGAUUAGGACUCGAAUUCAGAUCCCAGCUGCUCCCAUCCGGGAAGAGGUAGCGGCUGAGAUCCCCCAUCGGUCAGGCAAAGCAGCUGGAACUGACCCCAACAUGGCUGACAAUGGGGACCUGGACCUGGGGCCGGUAGAGACAGAACCACCCUAUGCCUCACCUAAAUACCUCCGCAAUUUCACUCUGACUGUCACAGACUGUUACCGUGGCUGGAACUCUGCCCCGGGACCCUUCCAUCUUUUUCCCCACACACCCUUUGAUCCUGUGUUGCCCUCUGAGGCCAAAUUCCUGGGCUCAGGGACUGGAUUUCGGCCCAUCGGUGGCGGGGCUGGGGGCUCUGGCAAGGAGUUCCAGGCAGCGCUUGGAGGCAAUGUCCAGCGGGAGCAGUUCACGGUUGUGAUGCUGACCUACGAGCGGGAGGAAGUGCUCAUGAACUCCCUGGAGAGACUCAACGGCCUCCCCUACCUGAACAAGGUAGUGGUGGUGUGGAACUCUCCCAAGCUGCCCUCGGAGGACCUUUUGUGGCCAGACAUUGGUGUCCCCAUCAUGGUCGUCCGUACUGAGAAGAACAGUUUGAACAAUCGGUUCUUGCCCUGGAAUGAGAUUGAGACAGAGGCCAUACUGUCCAUCGACGAUGAUGCUCACCUCCGCCAUGAUGAAAUCAUGUUUGGGUUUCGGGUGUGGAGAGAGGCACGUGAUCGCAUUGUGGGUUUCCCUGGCCGGUACCAUGCUUGGGACAUCCCUCACCAGUCCUGGCUCUACAAUUCCAACUACUCCUGUGAGCUGUCCAUGGUGCUGACGGGCGCUGCCUUCUUUCACAAGUAUUAUGCCUACCUGUAUUCUUAUGUGAUGCCCCAGGCCAUCCGGGACAUGGUGGACGAGUACAUCAACUGUGAGGAUAUCGCCAUGAACUUCCUUGUCUCCCACAUCACACGGAAGCCCCCCAUCAAGGUGACAUCGAGGUGGACUUUUCGAUGCCCAGGGUGCCCUCAGGCCUUGUCCCACGAUGACUCUCAUUUUCACGAGCGGCACAAGUGUAUCAACUUUUUUGUCAAGGUGUAUGGCUAUAUGCCUCUCUUGUACACACAGUUCAGGGUGGACUCUGUGCUCUUCAAGACCCGCCUGCCCCACGACAAGACCAAGUGCUUCAAGUUCAUCUAGGGCCUUGCCAGUUCUGAGGAGACAAUGAGCAGAGCGAGGGGAGUCACCCCCAAGGUUCCCAAGGUGUCGAAGGUCCUUGGGAACAUCUGUCGGGCAGGGCCAAGACCCUUUGCUGGGAGAGGCAGCAGGAAGAGUGGAAAGGGAUAGCUGUCUUUUAUUUUAAAGUCAGCCACACUGGGCCUGGAAUCCUGGUCAGCAGACUCAGGGCGUCUGCACAGGGCACUGACUGAUAGCGAACACUGAGGACUGUUCAUAAGCCCAGGACAGCUGCUUCGUGGUUUUUAAAUUCAGUAACAGCUAUUAUUAUUUAAAGAGAGAAUUUCACAUCUGCCAUUCAAGGCUUAUUUAUAUGUGUGCGUAUAUGUACACACAUAUGUGUAUAUACGUAUAUAUGCACACACACAUACACACACAUACAUACAUACAUACAUACAUACAUAUAUAUAUAUUUUGGUGGGUCGGGGUGCACCUGAAAUUUCUGCCAAUCUCUCCAAGGGAGGGUCCUACCCGGCUAUGUAUUUAGUGGAGAGGGCCCCAGCCCUGCAUUACCUGGACAUUCAUUUGCGGCCCCGCCCCCCUCCCAGGGACACUGGCUGCAGAAAUAAGCAGGAUGGGCCUGACCUAGGCAGGGUCUCCUGACCUCUCCUGGCCCCGUUCCAAUGCCUCAGUGCUGCUCCCACAGCUUGUCCUGUUGGAGGCUGCACAGUGGGGACGACACUCCCCAGAUGCUUUGAAGGGUUGGCCCAGGCCGCACUCAGGCAUCACCCGGCUUUCCAUUCUUUCUUGUGUUUGAGAGAGAAAGAGGCAGCAGACAGUGAGGCAGAGAUGAGACCUGUACGUAGCCCACCCCACUGGUGACACUGGUGCAGGGUGCUGGUGGCCAGUUCCGUGGUACUUGUUUCUCACAAAGGAGACAACAGGAACUUGGCAGGCUGUCUGGGAGCUCGGCGGGUGUAGAGCCAGCCUGGGUCCUUCCAGGAUUCCGUAGUCUUACUGCAAGGCGUGUGCCUUGGAAGGGACACCUAGGUGAGAUUCACCUUCCCUCUUGUGUCUAGAAGUCCAUCCUGUAGCUGUGGGGUUUAGACCCCUGAUGCCACGUUGGCUGUACGGACCCCCCCGCCCCCCUCCCCUGCCUUCAAGGUCUAGGGUGUGCUAGAACCCGGAGGCUGUGAUUUGCUAGGUAAAUCCUAGUCUGUCAUAGACGUUAACAGGAAUUCACCCCACGUCACCACUUUCCAUGUCCUGUUGAUGGUUUUCUUCCCAGGGCUGAAAAUGAAAUAAACUAACUUGGGGUAUGGUGGCAGUGGGAAACUUAGGUCAGGGAUUCGGCCUGUGACUUGUCUCCCCAGCCCCAGCAACUGACGCAUAGCUCAGUCUGUCUUGGUCAUGCACCUGCCUUAAGCCAGUUCCGUCUUCCUAGGCCCUGACACGUGUGCUGCUGCUUGCGGUCCUCUGCCUGCUGUCCUGACUUCUCUCUAGAUCCCUCCUGCCAUAGGGCUGGCAUGGCCCCCGGGAGUCCCUCAGGCCAGCAGGACCAGGCUGCUGCAGAACUUCACUGGGUCUUCUGGAACCUGACACCAAGGGCUGCCUGGGACAUCUGGUUCUUGGCAACUCAGUGAAGGGGUUGAGACUGUUCCCCAACCUUCUGUCCUCUCACCAGCCCUUGUAGCAGUAGCCCUCUUCCCCCGGGGGAGCCAAAGAGUGUGGUGGUUUGCGCUAAAUAUGUGGCUGCUAUUUUAUCUUUUUUUUUUUUUCCUCUCCCAGUAUUGGGGAUGGACGCCAGAGCUGUGGGUGGACAUCCCGACAAUCGCUCUACCCUGAGCCCCGUCCCUAUUGUCUCGUUUCUUUUCAUUGAGAGGUUGUAAAUGGUGCUGUGGUACCUGAUAAGAAAGUCAGUGUCUGUGGUAGGACCCCCUCUGUGGGUCACUCAUGGGUAUCACUGAUCUGUGUUUGAGAGAAAGUGAUGUCAAGAGUGUCCUAGGGGAUAGCCCUCUGGGUCUGGUGGGAACGCUCACUGAAGGACCCCAGCAGCAAGCAUGGACAGUGACUGUACCUGAGGGACUCUGUCAGAGGCAAGAGGCAGAGACAAAGAAGUUGGACCGUGCUUGUGAUUUGGGUUUUGGAGCCAGGGGACAUGCUUGGAAAUGAUUGUGCCACUACACGUCCGUGGAGCCUUGCCUGGUGUUUGACGUUGUUUACCAUGGGUCACCUCCUAGUGCAGAUUGCUAACACAGGUCACACUCAGCUACCUAGUCUCAGCUCCAGGGCCAGGAUAGCUUUGUUUUCCAGUUGCUCUUCAUCUUAAGGUCAAGGGCCACCCACAGAGUGACAUUCCCCGGGAUGCCUCAGGCCACCACCUAAUGCUCCUGUCAGGGGUGGCCUUGUUAGUGAACACGGAGCUGGAGGGUGGGGCCGCCUGGGGUGGCUUUGAUGACUUGUCCAUCUGUCUGCCCCUUUCAAACCAUGAGCACAAAGGUCUUACGUUGGAUUUUUGUAAAAAACAAAAUAAAUGGAGACUUUAACUCAUGC